GACCUGUUCCCUCUCAGGGUGUUGGAUUAAAUAGUUUUGGUCUUUUAUAUCAAAUCAAAAAUAAAAUCCAAAGAUAAAAGCCUGUUCACACUCUUGAAUCACACAUCGUGUAUCAUCUUGUCUUAUCUGCAGAUGGUUAGCCUCACCGACAGUGGCGUCCAGUACCCUUCAUCUCUCCUCACUCCACCUUUAAUCCAGAACAUAUACUAACAAGAGACAGGAACUACAUGAUUGCCCUGCUCAUUCUGUACACCCAUCACUGUGAAGACAGGUAAAUGUGAGGCUGGUGUCGAGAGUCCAACAUGAACGUCAGUAAAGAUGGCGGUGGAGGGUCAUGGUCAUCCUCACCCUCCAACACCAGCUGCCAUAAAGGCGUAGUCAUAAUCUGUGUCAUCCUUUUCCUCAUUAUAGGCAUCUUUGCAGGCUUUGCUAUUGCAUACCUGCUGGAGGAGCCACAUGAUUUCUUGGAGACUGUGGAGCUGAAGGGCCUAAAGUACAGUCCUGACCUGCAGGAUGAAAACUCUGGUUUCUCUAUAAUACUUUCCUCAGCUUUAAGGUCCAAGGUUAAAGAUAUCUUCACUGCCUCAUCUAUAUCAAAUCAUUAUGAUGACUGCAGCAUUAUUGCUUAUGGUAACAUGCAUGGAGAUGUGAUGGCAACACUAAGACUGUUCUUUAGAGUGUCCAGAGUCCAGCAGUAUUCAGACAACUUUAUUCAGGACCUACUGAGAGCAGGGCUCAGCUCCGUGCUGCAUGGGAAACAACUGGAGGUGCCUGGCUAUGGACAGAUCAGCGCUAUUGUCUUAUUAGGAGCCAGCGGGAAGUCCUUUUAUGUAAUUGGAGAUGAGAUGAUGGCGAGGUGUCCAAAAAAAGCUUACACCUGUGACAACGAUGAAUGUAUCACCAAAAAAAAUCCACAGUGUGACUUCAUCCCUGACUGUGCAGAUGCAUCUGAUGAGGCUCGUUGCAACUGUGGUUUACGCCCAGCCAUGGGGAGUCGGAUAGUUGGUGGCGAGGAUGCUCGCCAAGGGGAGCUGCCAUGGCAGGUCAGCCUGAGGUACCAUUGGAGGCACACAUGUGGAGCCUCCAUCGUCAACGAGCGCUGGAUUGUCAGUGCAGCACAUUGCUUUGAAGGUGCCACUGAUCCCAGUGAGUGGACGGCCCUAGUUGGUGCCAAACUGCUCAACGGAAUAGAGCCCGUGUCAAAAACAAUUAACAUCAAGUCUAUAUUUGUGAAUCCUGAAUACGACCCCACGACCAACAACAAUGAUGUGACUGUCCUGGAGCUGGAGACUCCCCUCAACUUCAAUUCCUACAUCCAACCUGUCUGUAUUCCCUCACCGUCCCACGUCUUUGAGCCCGGUCAGAGCUGCAUUGUGUCUGGGUGGGGCGCUCUGCAGCAGUUUACGAUAACGAUGCCCAAUACGCUGCAGAAAGCGGUGGUCAAAAUAAUUGACUCCAAAGUGUGCAAUCAGACAUCUGUGUACAGAGGUGUUAUUUCUCAGAACAUGAUGUGUGCUGGAUUCCUGCAGGGCAAAGUGGACUCCUGUCAGGGAGACUCCGGGGGGCCCCUUGUGUGUGAGGGGGCACCGGGGAAGUUCUUCCUGGCCGGGGUGGUGAGCUGGGGUGUGGGAUGUGCCCAGGUCAACAGGCCUGGAGUUUACACCCGUGUCACCAAUCUCAGAAACUUUAUUCUGAAGUACACAAAUCCACCUUUGGUCAAUAACCAAGCAAAGCCUGCUCCAACAGUGCAAGUUCCAAUGACCAGUAUGUCCUCUGGGAACCUUGCAGCGCCUCAGAACGUGGCCAUGGAUGAACCAUCUGGUGUACCUUUACCUGCCACAAACUGCAGCAAAAACUUCCAGUGUAGCUCCAGCUUGUGUAUCAGUAAAGUCAACCCGGAGUGUGACAGAAUCCCUGACUGCCCUGAUCAAGCUGAUGAGAAAAACUGUGACUGUGGUGUUCGUCCUGCGCUGGGCGUUCAGCGGAUCAUAGGUGGAGUCACAGCUCGGAGGGGAGAGUGGCCGUGGAUCGGCAGUCUCCAGUACCAGAGACAACAUCGCUGUGGCGCCACGCUCAUUCACAAGAAGUGGUUACUGACUGCUGCACACUGUUUCAAUAGUGAUUCCAAUCCCACUGACUGGGUUGUAAGCCUUGGAUCUGUGCUGCGGUCUGGGUUAGGUGCAUUGGUUAUUCCCAUACAGAGAGUGGUUAUCCACCCGGCUUUCAAUGGCACCAACAUGAACUACGAUGUGGCUCUGCUGGAGCUGACAGUCCUGGCCCCCAUGUCUUACACCAUCCAGCCGGUGUGUCUUCCCUCUCCGGUGCAUCGCUUCCUGGAGAACUCAGAGUGCUACAUCACAGGUUGGGGGUCCAUGAAGGAAGGAGGUUCACUGACCAACCUGCUGCAGAAAGCUGCAGUCAACAUCAUUGAGCAGGAAGACUGUCAACUGUCAUAUGGUAACGGGCUGACUCUCAACAUGAUGUGUGCCGGAUUAAUGGAGGGAGGACGGGAUGCCUGCCUGGGGGAUUCCGGAGGGCCGCUGACUUGCCAUCACCAAUUUGGCCAGUGGUUCAUUGCAGGUGUGACCAGCUGGGGACAGGGAUGUGGACGAACUGGCUUUCCUGGCGUUUACACUCGAGUGACAUCUGUCAGGAAAUGGAUAUCAACACACCUACCUUUCUGAUGACAGAGGACAAAACUGUCUGUAGAGAAAAACUUGUGAAAACAUUGGAUUUUAUUCAUACUUCUUCUCCAUGUUACUGUACUGUACAAGGACUAAAGUCAUGCCAGAUAACCAUAUCCUCAGUUAACAAAAUACCGACCUAUGUGUCAUGGUGCUGUUUGCAACAAUGCACAAUUGCCUAACCUGGACCAUUCAACAUGUAUUGAUCAAGUAAUCAUCAGCUGUGGGUAACUCACUACCAACAGUUGCAUGACUAAACAUAUUUAUUACAUUUAUUUAUUUUCCUGAUUGGCAUAAGUACUGGUAAGGGUGUUAUUUCUUUUAUUUUAUACUGUGUGGCUUUUUGAGUGUAUACUGAUCAGCCUCAGCAUUGAAAACUGGCAGGUGAUCAGCAUAGAUCUUCUUGUUGCAGUGCUGCAUGAUGUUGGAGAUCCUUGCAUGCUGGCAUUUCUGGGGUUGUUUUGAACCCCUGCAAUGUUGCACCUUUCCACACAAGAAUAAUGUCUCAGGUAUGGCAUGAAGACCAAUUUUCCAUGGGCUCCUAACAGGAUUGCAACCUGAUUGUGCAGCAAUGGGAUGUGCUGUAACAUAUACAGGUCCUUCUCAAAAUAUUAGCAUAUUGUGAUAAAGUUCAUUAUUUUCCAUAAUGUAAUGAUAAAAAUUUAACAUUCAUAUAUUUUAGAUUCA